UAAAUGAAAGAAAUUUUAUUUGAAAAAAGUCACAUUAGGAACUUUUUUAAAAACAAGUACAAAAUAUAUAAAAUAUAUUACUGUUAUAAACAGAAAACAUAGAUCCAAAACACCUUUAAUAUCUGCAUGUUGCUGGAUGCAGGCAUUGCAGUCACAUAAUAGAAUGAAAUUUGUGCUGAUUUUAAAAACAGUAUAUCUUGACAGAUAUCGCGAUUCGGCAAUAUUCAUUAAACAUCGAUGUAUCGUGGCGCAUUUGAAGUAUUGUAUCGGGAUAUAAGACAAUGUAAAAAUUUGUAUCGAUUCAUUGUAUCGGCGGCCCAUGGAUCGAUGUAUCGAUGAAUCGUCACACCACUACUGCACAUACAGUGAUACAACUGAGGUAUGGCUAUAGAGUGUUGUUUGUCAGAGUAUUAAUGUUAGCUGUUACUAAUCCUUAUCAGCUGUUUAUAUCCAUGAUGAAGUCACAUGCUUGUUACAAGAUCGUGCAUCCAAUAUUUCAGGUCCAUCAUUUGACUGGUGCAUGGUCUGAAUGUCCAAACACAUAUGUGCUUUUUUUACCUAACAGCAUCAGUAGACAGAAACCAGUCCAGUUGGGAGGAUGUCCCUGCUAUUUAGAUAUGUUGUGAAGCAAACAUUGAUGCGGCUGACAUACAGACAUGCAGCUGAAAGGACAGCACCAUCUGUUUCCAUGGUUACCAGAACUGGCUGCUAUUCAACAUCUGUCCAGACUGUGAAAACCACAAGAGUGUCUAAGCACCUGCUGUUGAAUGAAUUGGAAGCAAACUCUGUAACUUCUGAUCGGGACACUAAAAAAACAGAGAAACCCUUGGUUCUGUUAUUUGACUGGCUGUACGCCAAGCCCAAUCAACUGAGAAAGUACUCGACUUUGUAUCAUAAUGUUGGUUUAGAUGUGUUGACAGUUACAGGCAGACUGUCACACUUCCUCUGGCCACCAAUGGGAUACAAGCUAGCUGAAGAAAUAUUUAACUACCUCGUUGUGAAACGCCAAAGCAAGGACAAGUUGUUUAUUCAUGCCUUCUCCAUCGGUGCCUUCAACUAUACCAUCUGUCUGACUCUAGCCGACCGCCAUCCAGAGCUCUAUGGCAUGUUUAGAAAUCAAGUUAUAGGUCAGGUGUUUGAUAGCAUUGUCAUAGGUUCAUAUGACAAUAUGACAGAAGGGAUUGUCACCCUUCUUCCUAAUAUGGUCUUCAAGAAGGCUGUUUUCCCUCUGGUGGAUAUGUACUACAGAGCAACAAGCAAGAACACAAAGGACGAAUAUGACAGGUUAGUGGCCCUGUUUAAAGAUAAUCCAAUUCAAGUUCCAACAAUAUUCUUUUAUUCUGAGAACGACCCCAUGUGCCAUGUACCCACUAUGGAGUCGAUGUUGAAGAACUGGAGGGAGAAUGUGCCGGAGUUCCAGGUUGAAGCCAAGAGCUGGGAGGUGUCCCAGCACACCGCACACCUGAGGCAUCACCCAGAGGAGUAUUUACAAGUGUGGCAAAGACUGGUGGACAAAGUUGUGUGAAUAACUGAUAUAGGUAUCUAUUAGUAGUAUUACUGUGUUAUUCAUAUUAUAAAAAUGACAUACGUUUAUUGACCUCUGUUGACAGAAUCAUUUUGUGUGAAGAGUUCGAGUGUUUUUGUGCAUGUGGGUUUGGAAAACUGUUUGGUCAUUGAUUUGCCAUUUGCAGAUCCGGGGCCAGGAUGGGUCAUAUACAUCUUCCCUUUGUGAUUCUGUGUAAGACUUGGUCCCAAGCAGCCUGUGUUCUGUGUUCUUGACUUAAUGGGUCGGGUGGUCAGAAUCUGGGAUUUGACUGAUGGUGUGUCACCGUAACCUGAAGGUGGGGACUGCUGCUCAUACUAUCAAUCACUUGUUUGGUUCCAACUCAGUUAUUUACAAACUGGUCUCAUGUAGCUGGGAUAUGGCUAUGGGGUUGGGGCAGGGUGGUGGUCUUUGUUUAAAGGUUAGACAAAAAACCCAACUUGCACCAAUGCAGUUUUUGUGGCAGACAACCCAUUUUCAACAGUCUGGAGCAGAAAAUGUUCUUUAAAGAAUGUUCUUUGACAUUAUAUUUUAUAAAUAAAACAGAGAUCCACUGAACCCACUGUCAGAAUAUGAAACUGGUCUGUCCCUGGCUGUACUACAAAGGAAUGGAUUGUUGUUCAUGAUGUCCUGCCACUGACCUGUGAUAUUAUAAAAUAUUGCUGACUUGCUCCCACCAUAUCGGUCUUUGUUAGUAUGGUUAUAUUAAUGUAAUAGCCAUUGUUAUGAAUAUAAAAAUAGUUGUUAACAGAAUAUCUCCCAAAUAAAGAAUCAUGAAAUAUAUAUUGUUUGUAAUACAUUCUCAUCAUCAAUAACAAUGGAUACACUUCUGUUCUGCUCAGUUUAGUAAUAUUACAUGAGACACUUUCCUGGUUAUAGAAGAGCAAGGUUGUACCCAGCUCUGUGUCACUGUAGUACACUGUUAUAUGUUCUCAACAGUUCAAAUGUCAAUAUACACUUAAGAAAAAGGGUUGUCAGCAUUGCUAAUAAAAGAUUUUCUUAGUAAAUACCAAAGACAAGAAUAUUAACAUGAGACAGGUAAUUUCUCAGUGGAGCUACCUGUGCAAGGUUGAAUUUACUACUGUAGAACAUUGUUGCAAUACUUACACUUGAACAGUACCAUUUACUCUUCAUCUGACUUAUUAUAUCUACCUUCUCAGAAUAUCAUUUAUAAAGUCAUACAUAUUUUCUUUUUGUUUAGAAAAACUACAAUCUAAAGAACAUGGACACAGUAUGUCAUCUAGCAGAAAUAUACAGCUUCACCAAGCUGCCAGUAACAACAGAACAUUUUACAAGCUAUAUGUGUUUUGAGAGGAUUUAGAAUGCUAACAGUACAUUGUCAAUAAAUCUGGCAGACCAGCUCCUAUAUAACAUUUUCAAUGCAGCUGCGUUGGGGACAUUUUGAAAAUCAGAUUGAAGCCUCUAAGGCUCUUGAGCACAUUCAAAUUUAUUCACUGGUGUGGACAAACUUGUGAAUUUGAGAAUGUUUGCAAUGCAAGGAAGCAUUCUGAGAGAAUAUGAAAUCAUGGUCAAAGUGCAGAUGUCCACUGAAGCUCAUCCAAAUAUUUAUUAAAUAUCAUCACUUUUUGA